AGACCGAUAAACAUCCGGGUAUCAAAUAUAACUAUCCAAGACCUACUGCGUCGCAUCUUUAUUGUCUGCGGACGUAGAGGCUUUUAGUUUCACUUCACUUCCUGAGUCGGAGCGCACGGCGUCUGCACACAAAAAGCUAUUGUAACAAACUGUUAAAUAUAUUUAAUUCUUUGGUGUUUCGGUCGGAUUAUGCUUGUGAUAUUAGUAGUGCUACCCUUCGCCAUGUACUAGACCACUCCCCCAGUGUUCUGCUGCGCAGUCAGACUAAAAAGAUGUCCGUCCUGGUUCCAACAAUGUUCUUUAUAAACCGUUUUGUGUUGAUGUUCUUUGUGUGUUACUGUUGCUGGACAACAUCUCCACAACAAACAUGAAGUGACAGUCACAGCUAGUGACAGCGACUUGUUCCACUUUUUAUUUUAUACCUGAUGUAGUGACGUUUGACAGAUUGAGACAUUUGUCUUGAAAUAAUGGUCAAACAAGAUUCCAGCCAUCAACAAUUACAUAUGAUUAAAUAAGAUGAACCUACAUUUAGUCAGCUACUGCAGAGGUACUCGUACUUAACCGAAUAUUUUCUGCUGCCUUCUGUUUCCACUGUACUGCAUUUAUUAGAUAUUUAAGUCACAUUUUAGUUUGCAAAUUCAGAUUAACAAUAAAAAGCAUAAUCAACAAAUAAAUUGCGAUUAAGAUCAAACUUUAUUGAUCCCCAGGGUGAAGUUCAGACGAGCCUACCCUGCAGAUAAAAUACUGUAAAUCAGCUCCACCUUUACCAGCUGAUGCGUAAAGAAAUUACACAAGUUAACACAGUAAAAAAAAAAAGGUACAGAUGUCACAUUUAUGUGGGUCUGUGGGUUCAUUAGUGGACAAGCUGGGAAACAAGCUCAAUAGAAGCUGUGUGGAUGUGAACACUGUGGUGUCAAAAACAUAACUGCUGAAUGUUUAAUUCUGAGAAAUACCGAGAGAAAUGCAAAAGAAAAGAAAACACUGAGGAGAAAUGGAAGUAGGUGAAUGGAGAGACAGGUCAUGUGACAGACCCACAGCUGGUAGAAGAUAGUGGGUUAGAAAGUUGUUUUUGAGGAGGGCAGCACAGCAGAGCAGUCAUGAUAAGAGGAACUUGACUCUGAUAGGAGGAGCAGUAACCACAAGGGCGGCAGCUGCAAUACAGGAGAGGGCGGGGCCACCAUGCUUCACCAACUGUAAACAUCACAUGUCCUGGGACUUUGUCCUUCUACAAUAAUAGUGUUUGCUGUCAUACAGGUUUUUUUGUUGAUGGUGAAUUAUGCAGACUGUGUCGGGUGAAAUGACUCCAGUGAGUUACAGGAAGGAAUUAUCUUCGUCUCUCUGUCAGUGUUUCUCUUCUGAUGAAGGAAAAACGUCCUGGUCACUUGAUGUGGAUGUAAAGUCAGCAGGUUUUUAUUUUCCUGAUUACUCAGAGUGAAACGCAGCCGUGCAGUCCAGCAGCAGUGGACACUAAGUGUACUGUCUACCAUGAGUCAGUCUGAGGAGGAAGAUGAGGGGGUCCCGACCUUCAGCACCUCUCUGCCUGAGGGAGAUGAGAGGACUGAGAAGGAAAGAGCAGAUUCUCCUGCACCAAGCCUUGUGUCCAUGAAGAGUGACCGCUCCAUGGAUUUCCCCAUGGCUUUCAGACAGCAAGAAAUAAUUUCUAAGACUGAGAAGGAAAGAGCAGAUUCUCCUGCACCAAGCCUUGUGUCCAUGAAGAGUGACCGCUCCAUGGAUUUCCCCAUGGCUUUCAAACAGCAAGAUCCAGUUUCUAAGACUGAGAAGGAAAGAGCAGAUUCUCCUGCACCAAGCUGUGUGUCCAUGAAGAGUGACCGCUCCAUGGAUUUCCCCAUGGCUUUCAAACAGCAAGAUUCAAUUUCUAAGACUGAGCAGGAAAGAGCAGAUUCUCCUGCACCAAGCUGUGUGUCCAUGAAGAGUGACCGCUCCAUGGAUUUCCCCAUGGCUUUCAAACAGCAAGAAGUUCACCAGGAGACGUCAGAUGUUUCCACUGAUAGUGAAACUGGGCUGGACUCCAUAUUUACGCUGCUUGAGGAGAACAUUGUUGCUUUUGCGAAGAACGAGCUUAAGAAGUUCAAGAAGAUUCUGAGUCCAGAUUCCAAAGCAAAGCAGAGCAAAGGUGAAGAUGAGGAGGAGGUUAGAGGAGAAGUGGAAGAGCAGAGGAGGAGCAGCAGAGAGGCAUUUUUAAAGAUCACACUGCACUUCCUGAGGAGAAUGAAGCAGGAGACGCUGGCUGACUCUCUUCAGAACAAAUUGUUUGCUGCAGUUUGGCACCGUGAACUUAAAUCUAACCUACAGAAGAAGUUCCAGUGUGUGUUUGAGGGGAUCGCUAAAGCAGGAAACCCAGCCCUUCUGAAUCAGAUCUACACAGAGCUCUACAUCACAGAGGGAGGGACUGCAGAGGUCAAUGAUGAACAUGAGGUCAGACAGAUUGAAACAGCAUCCAGGAAACCAGACAGACCAGAAACAACCAUCAGGUGUGAAGACAUCUUUAAAGCCUCACCUGGAAGAGAUGAACCAAUCAGAACAGUGGUGACAAAUGGAGUGGCUGGCAUUGGGAAAACAGUCUUAACACAGAAGUUCACUCUGGACUGGGCUGAAGACAAAGCCAACCAGGACAUACAGUUCACAUUUCCAUUCACUUUCAGAGAGCUGAAUGUGCUGAAAGAGAAAAAGUACAGCUUGGUGGAACUUGUUCAUCACUUCUUUGCUGAAACCAAAGAAGCAGGAAUCUGCAGGUUUGAAGAGUUCCAGGUUGUGUUCAUCCUUGACAGUCUGGAUGAGUGUCGACUUCCUCUGGACUUCCACAACAAUGAGAUCCUGACUGAUGUUACAGAGUCCACCUCAGUGGAUGUGCUGCUGACAAACCUCAUCAGGGGGAAACUGCUUCCCUCUGCUCGCCUCUGGAUAACCACACGGCCUGCAGCAGCCAAUCAGAUCCCUCCUGACUGUGUUGACAUGGUGACAGAGAUCAGAGGGUUCACUGACCCACAGAAGGAGAAGUACUUCAGGAAGAGAUUCAGAGAUGAGGAGCAGGCCAGCAGAAUCAUUUCUCACAUCAAGAGAUCACGAAGCCUCCACAUCAUGUGCCACAUCCCAGUCUUCUGCUGGAUCACUGCUACAGUUCUGGAGAAUGUGAUGAAGAGCAGAGAGGGAGGAGAGCUGCCCAAGACCCUUACUGAGCUGUACAUCCACUUCCUGGUGGUUCAGACCAAAGUGAAGAACAUCAAGUAUGAUGGAGGAGCUGAGACAGAUCAUCACUGGAGUCCAGAGAGCAGGAAGAUGAUUGAGUCUCUGGGAAAACUGGCUUUUGAUCAGCUGCAGAAAGGGAACCUGAUCUUCUAUGAAUCAGACCUGACAGAGUGUGGCAUUGAUAUCAGAGCAGCCUCAGUGUACUCAGGAGUGUUCACACAGAUCUUUAAAGAGGAGAGAGGACUGUACCAGGACAAGGUGUUCUGCUUCGUCCAUCUGAGUGUUCAGGAGUUUCUAGCUGCUCUUCAUGUCCAUCUGACCUUCAUCAACUCUGGAGUCAACCUGAUGGCAGAAGAACAAACAACUUCUCGGUGGUCUAAACUGUUUGGAAUCAGACCUGAACAUUUCUACCAGAGUGCUGUGGACAAGGCCUUAGAGAGUCCAAAUGGACACCUGGACCUGUUCCUCCGCUUCCUCCUGGGUCUCUCACUGCCAAGCAAUCAGUCUCUUCUACGAGGUCUGGUGACACAGACAGGAAGCAGGUCACAAUCCAAUCAGGAAACAGUCCAGUUCAUCAAGAAGAAGAUCAGUGAGAAUCUGUCUGCAGAGAGAAGCAUCAAUCUGUUCCACUGUCUUAAUGAACUGAAGGAUGGUUGUCUAGUGGAGGAGAUCCAACGGUGGCUGAGUUCAGAACGUCUGUCCCCAUAUGAAUACACUCCUUGUCACUGGUCAGCUCUGUGCUUCAUGUUGCUGUCAUCAGAGGAAGAUCUGGAGGUGUUUGACUUAAAGAAAUAUUCACCUUCAGAGGAGGCUCUUCUGAGGCUGCUGCCAGUGGUCAAAGUCUCCACCAAGGCUCUGCUAAGUUGCUGCAAUCUGUCAGAGAGAAGCUGUGAAGCUCUGUCUUCAGUUCUGAGCUCUCCGUCCUCCAGUCUGAGGGAGCUGGACCUGAGUAACAAUGACCUGCAGGACUCAGGAGUGGAGCUGCUCUGUGUUGGACUGGGGAAUCCAAAUUGUAGACUGGAGGUUCUCAGGUUGUCAGGCUGUCUGAUCACAAAGAAAGGAUGUACUUCUCUGGUGUCUGCUCUGAGAUCCAACCCAUCUCAUCUGAGAGAGCUGGACCUGAGCUACAAUAAUCCAGGAGACUCAGGAGUGAAGCUACUUUCUGAUGGAAAGGAUGAUCCAAGCUGGAGACUGCAAACUCUGAGGAUGGAGCCCGGUGGAUCACAGUCAAUGAAAUCUGGUCUGAAGAAGUAUGCCCGUAAACUCACACUGGACCCAAACACAGCACACAGAAAACUCAUCCUGUCCGACAACAACAGGAAGGUGACAGUGGGCAAAGAGACGCAGUCGUAUCCUGAUGAUCCAGAGAGAUUUGACUACUGGAAACAGGUGCUGUGUACCAGAGGUCUGAAUGGUCGCUGUUACUGGGAGGUCGAGUGGAAAGGACAUGUUUACAUAGCAGUGGCUUACAAAGGAAUAAAAAGGAGAGGAAACAGUGACGACUGCUGUCUGGGGAUGAAUGAUCAGUCCUGGAGUCUGAGCUGCUCCGAUAGUGCUUACUCUGUCCUGCACAGUAACAGGCGAGUGUCCAUCCCUGUGCCUCCCACAAAGAAAGUGGGAGUGUACCUGGACUGGCAUGCUGGCACCUUGUCCUUCUACGGAGUCUCCACUGAUAAACUGACCCACAUCUACACCUUUUACACCACAUUCACUGAGCCGGUCUACCCUGCCUUCAGGAUCAGGAUGGACUCGUCAAACUCGUCAAUGUCUUUGUGUUAGAUCCAGUAAAACGUCACCUCCUUUUCUGUUUCUGAGAUAAUGAUGAUGAUAAAUCUUGAGAGAGAUGAGGUCGAAUACGUCAAUGGUGACAAAGACUAAGAAGCUGAGUGAUAAUCUGCUGUCUACACCUGCAAUCAAUAUGUGCUCUAUUUAAAGGUCCAAUGCAUAAAGAUUAGUGGUAUCUAGCUGUGAGGUUGCAGAACUGAAACCUCUCCUAUGUGCCGUGUGUGUAGGGGAGAGUUUUUUCGCCCAACAGGAAGUCAGCCAUCUUGGAUUGGACAUAUUUGUAAUUGGUUAUAAUUAGCUCCACUGUUGGACAUUUUUAAUCAUUAAUAAUUUAAUUUAAUGUGCAUUUAAGUUUAAGCAAACUUGAUAGAACUCGGUUCUCAGAUUCGUUUCAGAUUAGAGGGGUGUAACCCUCCAAUUUAUCUUAGACUUAAUUGCGAAGGAAAGGUCAGUAGCUCCAACGAUGAUGUCAAAGGUCAUGUGAGAACAUGCCAUUGCCAGCACUGUACAGGUGUGGAACCUAAUGAAUCCUAGAGAAUUUAACACAUCCAUCUCAACGUUUGGCUGCAGAAUCUGAAGACCUUCAAAAUGCCAAAUCGCAAAGUGUUUGUGUUUUUGAGGAAUUGCUUUGCUAUGGAAGUUAAGCUAAAUUCUUUGUUUCAACAUGACACAGGAAGCUGUUGUAACAUGACUUUGCAUAAUCCAUUCUGCCCCAGAUUUCACAUGCUAGAUAAGAAUCUAGGUCUGAAGACAUCUACAUGACAAUAUUAAUUCAUCAUCAUAGCGCCAUCCACUGACAACAGGAAGUCAGCGUCACGUAGAAAAGAUCAUCAGAGUUACAUGAAGUUAAUAUGGUGUGGUAUACAUAUGAUAUACAGCAACAUGAUGUGUGAUUAGUGUGUGCUCUAUAGCGCCACAUAGUGGAUACAGGAAGUGGCCCAAAAUUUGCAGUAGGACAUUUCCACAUACUCCAAGCAAGAGGUACCAUUUAACUCCUGCGUGCUGGGUGUGACUUUCACUGAAAUGCAUGGACGUGUAGACCAGCAUUAUACCUAUACCCCCAACGUACGUGGAGUACGAGGGUCUGUUCACCGCUGCUUGUAGCUUUGAUUAUGUUUUCUCUCUCUGACUAGUUUGUGGCUGCUGUGAAUUUUUUUACUUGCAUACAUUUUUUUUGUCUGUAAUCAGAGCCUUCGUUGCAGUGGAUGCUGAUUUAAGAAACUCUAGAUUUUGUAGGACAUUUGUUGUGUCCCAGGUUAGACAAUGGAUCCUCUAAACCCCCCAAACUGAACCCAUCGUAAUGGGUUUUAAAAACCUCUUUUUGUCUCAGUUUGGAUGACAAAAACAGGGUCUCUUAUAUAGUUUGAGUGAGCAGAUAUAUAUAUAGUUUUAUAUAGGAAACUGAUGUAUAUAUUGCUACUACAAGGAGCAGUACAAAUCUGUAUGGUAUUGUGGUAUCAUCAUGAGACGAUUGUUUAAUAGAGCAUACAGGUGAAAUUUGUUUGUUGAAAGUUUGUUUAGAUAGUCACUGAUCACUGGUAAAUGUAUUUUAUAAACUAGGUUAAUGUCAGAUGUAAAUAAUGUGAUCCAGUUAUAAGAUCCACUGUUUGUAAAAGGUGUCACACAUAAACAGAAUUUAGCAGUAUAUGGAUGAUACACUGUUUGCCAGUUUUUAAUGACAUGUUGAAAUUAAAAGGUAACUGCGCGGUAUUAUUUAACCUGGACCCUGUUUCACCAUGUGUUUUUUCUGUCUAUGUGGCUAAUCGAGACAACACUUUUUGAAAUUGGUUUAGUACUGAGCAAUAGCACUGCAGCCGGGAGCCGCGAAACAGGCUGUACUGUGACCAUUUGGUACAUUUGUGCACCUUCGUUACGGCUACAAAGAGUGCUUGCUUGUCACUGACAGGCUCAGAGUGUUAUUCUGUGUGUCUGACAGCAUUAUGGAAAGGAUCCCUACAGAGGGCUGUUUGUUAAAGAGUAAGAUCCUUUUUGUUUAAUUAGAAACUGCCAAAUCCACCAGAGUCCAUUUAAAUAAACUGUAAUUUUAGCAUGUACAGAGAAAGCAUAUUUUUACGCCUGACUGGGUGAAUUAAGGGUUUAUUUUUAACUAUUUCAACCAAACCAGAGUUGGCAAUUGUUGGAACAGUCAAAAGACAAAAAUGUUUUUUGUGAUUUUUUUUUUCCUGUCAACUUUGAAUGAGGUUUGUUUUAUGAUGAUAAAAUAACUGUUUAUUUAAAUGGAAUCUGGUGGAUUUGGUGGUGGUGAUUUUGGGAAUGUUUCUGGUUAAACAAAAAAAGGAUCUUACUCUAACAAACGGGUCCAUCUUUGUAGGGAUCCUUUUAUAAUGUUGUCAGACACUUAGAAUAACAAUCUGAGCCUGUCAGUGGCAAAAAAAACCAAACACUUUUAGUGGACGUAAAUAUACAGUGUGAACAUGCCCCAAGUGUUUACAUUGCAGCCUGUAUUGUGGCUGCUAGCUGCAGCACUCUAGCACUGUUAGACCAAUUUUAAUUUAUUAUUUAUUUUUUAUUUAUUUAACAGGGACAAUGCACAGAUACUUAAAUGCAAGUUAGCUAUAAGCUACUUUUCAUCUGUAGACCCUGGGCAGGAAACAGAGAACAAAUUUUGCUGCUAAAAGACACUAUUAUAUAAAGAACAAUACUACAAAAUAGAACGUAUUCAUGACACAGCGGCUUCAGCAGUUACAAUAGCAAGACAACACAACACCAAGUCAUCGCAGCAAUAACAGCAACAACAAUACAACUAUAACAUUGAGAUGAAACCCCUAGAUGUCCUCCCACUGUCCGAGUGCAGUUUUAUUAACUCUUUUAAUGGAGGAGCAGCCAGAUCAUUAAUAACUUUGUACACUAGACUAGCAUCAGCAAGGCACACAAAGCUGUCAGAGGUCAGUAGGUCAGUAGAUUAUGCCUUUGAUAUUACUGCCUCCAUUAGUCACUUGGACACUGAAAACAUGGGGAAGUAGGGUCCAGGUUGAACAAUACCAUAGUUACCCUUUAAGUUUCAUGUGAGUAUUUUCUGUUCUCUAUUUUAUUUAACAUGUAUUCUUGUAAUCACAAUACCGACACAAUAGAUCACCAUGUAUUCAUGUAACGUCAUCAGAUUUUUUGCAAAAACAUAA